CACUAAGCAAAAGAGCAUGCAGAAACAUUAAGUGAUGAAGCUGUUCGCUCAGACUUGAGCAGAUUUUACACACAGGCUCUGAGAGACCUAUCACUUUCAAAUGCUCACCAUGAAGCUGAGAACACCCCCAUCUCACAGCUUUAUUUAUUCAGGUCUGUGGCUCUUGAUACUUUCUUUACUCAGAGCAGCAGAAACUCAUGAUAUGGAUGACACUCCAGUUAGUGUACCUUUGGGUUUACAAGGACCCCCUGGCUUGCAAGGUCCCCCUGGUCCCCCAGGAGAAAAGGGGGAUACAGGAGAUGUUGGGGAAGCAGGUUCUAGAGGGGAAUCAGGCCCAAGAGGCCCUCCAGGACCUUUGGGAUCCCGCGGACCUCCAGGAAUGCAAGGAAAGCCAGGCCCCCCUGGAUUAUGCCAUCCACAACAGAAAUCUGCUUUUGCUGUUGAACUGGGGCAAAAUUAUCAAGACCCCAACCAGCCCAUUGUGUUCCAUAAGACACUAUACAAUGAACAGCAACAUUUUGAUGAGGCUUCAGGAAUCUUUACCUGCCAAAUCCCCGGAGUCUAUUUUUUUAGCUACAACCUAGAGGCAAACCUGAAUGCACAUAUUAUACUGGUAGAUAAUGGCACUGAGGUGAUAGGCUCUUAUCAGAAUGUGACAGGUACAUGUGAAAAUGUCUCAGGCAGUAUGAUCCUUAAAUUGGAUAAAGGAGAAAAUGUGUGGUUAGAAGCAAAACAGGAUUAUAAUGGGGUAACCCAAAGAAUUCAUUUUAUGGGGUACCUUAUUUUUAAAUCCUAGAAUCAAUAUAAAGAACCUGGGUAGAAAGUGUGGAGCUAUUUAUCUGGCAAGCUGUCUUGCAGGUCUGGUUUUGGGGACAGUAUGCUGUGAAGUUACUAAGGCUACCAUAGAAAACUAUCUAUGUGGAAGUAAUACUUGUUAUGUACAUACUUUAAAAACAUUGUUUGGUGCAUAAGUUGGCACCCUUCCAUUCAUUACAAUACCUGUAUUAGACUAAUGGUUUCCAUAUUUUCAGUGAAAAGAGAUUGCUCAUUUGAUGGGAAAUGUAUACCUCACAAGUGCUUCCAAAACAUUUGUAUGAAUAUCAAGUUGCUAUUUCUACUAAAAUCACAAAUGCCCCAAAAUAAAAUGAUUCCUCUGAAAUUCAA